CUUUGAAUCACUCCGUAAAAACCUUUGCGAGAUACUUUUUUUGAAAAGGCCAAAGGAACCUUUCGAGCCAUCCAAGAAGGCGCGAAAGAAAAGCACAGAGUUUCGAUCACAAACAAUGACAUUGAGGUUGACCCUGAACCACUAAUAAAAGCGGCUGUCUUUAUCUUCUCCACAAUUUAUCGAUCCAAUAUGUUUGUUGUAAAGAGCGCCUUUCUUCUGCUCUUGAGCUUCUCCGCUGUUGCAAAUGGCAUUGACAUGAAUAGCAUGCCUGGCAUGGAUGGCGGAGGCAAACCCUGUCAAAUGUUCAGCUGCAGCAAAGGAUACGCCCCAGUCCCCAAGAAGAGAGGCAGCGGUUCCAUCAUGCGCUUAACUAGUGCGGGUUGUGAUGCCAUGGGAGGUGGCAUGGUCGUCAUGGCGCAGAGUGAUGGACCUGAAAAGCCCUACGCUGCCUGCUGUGACGAAUGGCAUGCCUGCUACCAGAUCUGUGGCUCCAACAAGGUACAGUGCGACAAGGCUUACGAGACCUGUGUCGACGCCAAGUGUGCCGGAUACGACGAAAAAGAUUGUUCCGAAUCCGCCAAACUGAAUAUUAUGCUCAUGCAGUUCGCUGGCUGUGGAAAAUUUGAAGGGGCUCAGAAUGCUGCCUGUGAGUGUAUUAGUAAAGACAAGGACAAGCACGUGGCGGCUCGAAAGAGCGUUCUGGAAAAAUUCUACAAAAAGCACAACCCCGGUAGCGUUCACAAGGUUGAGGAGCUCAUCAAAAAGGCAGAUACCGCUCCCAAAUUGGCCAAGCUACUCCAAAAAUUAGUCCAAAAGUACCCAGCAAGUAUCGAGAGGGUGGACGAUCCACAAAGGGCAUCCUACCAGAAAAUGAUGGAUGAAGCCAGGGCAAAAGGAGACGCCAAGGACGACAAUGAACAACCAGCGGACGAGGAAAGUGACGAGACGGAAGAUUUGGAUGGUUCCAAGGACGAGUUUUAGCUAGUGAGAAGAAGAGGACGACAAACCAGCCAGAGCAUUUUAGGGUAGGGUAGGGCCGAGACAGCCAUCAAUUAGAAUACAAUGAAGAUGAUAAUCACCUAGAAACUAUUUUGAACCC